AUGAUAGUGCGCUCCAAAUACCACAUCCAGGUUCGCCGGCUCAGUUGGUGUAACUCGGCGCUCAUUCGCGCCUACCAUCACCUCUCACCGCACAUCGGCAUGGCUAUCAAGCAGUGGGCUAAGGCCCGAGGGUCCUGCGACCCCUCCGGAAGCCAGGGGCCCAUCUCCGACUCCUCAUCACCUAACUCGAAGUCAUCAACCACCUCACUAACCUCCAACAUCCCGACUACAUCCGAGCCCAUCCACACCUCAUCCGCGUCAAGAAUUCAGUCCAAGGAAUCCACAGCAGCAGCAGAGCCCACUGAGCUGCUCAACAUCAACACCACCUUUGUCCCCGGAGAUCGCUUCGACUUUGACUCCUUAAUCAUUUCCGUCCGCGACGGACGCCCGCUUCGCAGACCGAGCUCUUCGCCCGCCGUCCAAGGCAAGCAAGACAUGGGGAUCGACUGGCUGCUUGCCAGGGUCAAGGGCGACCUGUCCGACUAG